AUGCGCGUCUUCAACAUCGUUGCCGUGGCCUUGGCUCUCAACUGCCCUACCAUUCAUGCCAGAAGCCAUUUUUGGCAAGCCGAGAAACGCCAGCUCCCAAGUCAGCCUUCGGGAAUAGAGACGUUGAUUUCACCAUCAGGUGCAAAGGUCACGUACAAGCAGCCCGGAAAGCAUGGUAUUUGUGAGACAAAAGACAAUGUGGAGGAUUAUGCCGGCUACGUCAGCUUGGAUAACAAGACAAACAUGUUCUUCUGGUAUUUCUCCGCUCGCGAUGACCCGAAAAACAAGCCGAUGACACUCUGGCUCAACGGGGGGCCGGGUAGCGAUUCGCUCAUUGGCCUGUUUCUCGAGAAUGGACCAUGCAAUGUCACAGAGGAUCUCAAAACGCAGUGGAAUCCUUAUUCGUGGAACGAGGUCUCCAACGUACUUUACCUCUCUCAGCCUGUUGGAGUAGGCUUUUCGUACGAAAGCACCGUGGAUGGUAGCUACGACAACUCUACAGGCACCGUGAGCUCUGCCUCCAACCAUGACCCUGAAGGGCGUUGGGCACUGGUUGAUCCCGACCGCACAAACACCACCGAAGUGGCGGCAAGUGGCGCUUGGCAUAUCAUUCAAGCUCUUUUGGCCGUAUCCACAGAGUCGAAAGACACCAGGCUCUCGAACAGGACGUUCAACCUGUGGACUCAGCAAUACGGCGGUCACUAUGGUCCAACAUUCUACCGGUACUUCAACGACCAGAACGAAGCCAUUCAAAACGGCAGCCUCACUGGCUACCCCAUGACCAUGGACACGCUCGGCAUCAUCAGCGGGCUCAUCGACGAGCGGGUCCAAACUCAGUACUACCCCGAAUUCGCCGUCAACAACACGUACGGCAUCAAAGCGGUCAACGACACCAUCUACGAGUUCAUGAAGCAAGCCUUCGAGACCCCCGGCGGCUGCCGCGGCCAGCUCGACGAAUGUGCCGCAGGCCUGGCCGCCGACCCAACCAACCAAGACACCUACCGCUUCUGCUCCACAGCCGCAACCUCCUGCUACAACUUCGUCGAAGAGCCCUACUACGACUACAGCGGGCGCGCCCCGCAGGACAUCCGCUCGCUGGCCAGCGACUUCCACCUCCCAGACUACUGGGUCCAGUUCCUCAGCCUCGCCAGCACGCAGUCCGCGCUGGGGGUCGCGGUGAACUACACGUACGAGAACCUCAACGUGACGCUCGGGUUCGACCGCACGGGCGACGCCGCGUACCCGUACUUCAAGCACGACCUCGAAGACGUGCUGGCCAAGGGCGUGCGGGUGGUGCUGCAGCACGGCGACGCCGACUACGUCGCCAACUGGCUGGGCGGCGAGGCCGUGUCGCUGGCCCUCGACCACGCGCACGCGGCGCGCUUCGCGGCCGCCGGGUACGCGCCGUUCGUGGUGGAUGGCGCCGAGUAUGGGGCGGUGAGGGAGUAUGGGAAUCUGAGCUUCGUGCGCGUGUAUGACGCGGGCCAUCUGACGCCGAGGGAUCAGCCGAGGGCGGCGUUGGAGCUGUUUCGGAGGGCGGUGAAUGGGUUGGAUAUUGCGAGCGGGGAGGUCGUCGUGUCGGACCGGUUUAAUGGGACGGAUGGGCCGGCGAGGGCGACGCAUACCGAGGCUUAUGGGGCGGGGGAGACGGGUGGGCAGUAG